CUCAGACAACACAAAUUCUUUGAAAUCUACGACCCACCUUGCCUCAUCGUUUGCGUCACGACCGGCGACCUUAUAAUAUGGCAGCGAAGGCGAAGGCCCGGAUGGUAUUAAUACGGCUGGUCUCCACCGCGCGUACGGGGUAUACCUACACCACACAAAAGAAUAGGAAAUAUCCUACGUUCAGUAUCAAGAAAUACGAUCCCAUGAUAAAGCGUCAUGUCUUGUUUGUUGAGCAGAAAAUGAAAUAGGACGUUUAUCCUUUUUUUCGCAGUACUUUUCGUUCCCACUUUAUUGUUUGUGCUUCCGGCGUACGAUUAUCACCUUCCUCGGUCUACUGUAUAUCGCAAAAUAUAUACUACAAGCUGAAGCUAACCCGGUG